AUGGGUUUGACGUCAAUUACAUUACCUGCUUCGUUAUCAACAAUACGACUUCAUACUUUUUCAUUUACAACAUAUUUGGAAACGCUCAAUGUCGGUGAAAAAUGUACAAAGAUUGACGAGUAUGCAUUCAACAGUAGUGGAAUUAAAACUCUCAAUUUGCCAUCAUCAAUCAAUUAUAUUGGUAAUUAUGCAUUCGCAAACUGUCGUAAUCUUGAUAUUCGUGUUAUCCCGACAAAUGUUUUCGAACUCAGUAUUGGAUCUUUUGCGAAUUGUACAUCAAUAUAUGAGAUCAAUCUCUCAAAUGUUCAAGUUAUCAAAUCAUUUGCAUUUCAGCACUGUUUACAACUCACUAAGAUAAUCAUCCCAGAUAACUCAAACUUUCUUGAAAGCAAUUCAUUUGAAAGCUGCACAUCUCUAUGUUCAGUUACUAUUGGAUCUAACUGUAUUGUUAAUAUAUCUGCAUUCUCAAGCUGUUCCAAAAUUCAUUCGAUAAUUUUUAAAGAUAACUGUACUAUAAAAGGAUUUGCCUUUAAUUCAAGUCAAAAUAUAUCAACAAUUGGAUUAUAUGAUAACGUUAUAUUUGAAGAAUCAGCGUUAAAUGUUUUAAAUGCUGGAAGAAUUUCUGUUUAUUACAUGGGUACUAAUAUGAAUGUAUCAGAAGUACUAUCUUCAUAUAUUUAUAAUGUUUUCGUGCUCGAAGAAUAUAGUAAGCGUGUUUUCUUAUACAGAGUACCUCAAAAACUCCCUAAAUCAAAAAUGGUAUCAUCUUAUUCUGAUAGAGAAUGUAGGUACUUUUUUGUUGAACCUCUUCCUCCUCCCCGUCCUCCUACACCUAUUGAAGAAGAUUUGAUUGAAACGUUAUUUUUAUAUCUAUAUCCAUCUGUUGUAAGUAGUAAAUAG